AUGCGUGUCCGUGGUGUGGAAGUGCACUCUUUCCACGCCAACACCCUUGUCGGCUCUUUGAAGAGGGCUGGGCACUGGCAGCACGCUUGCCGCCUUCUUUUUCGCAUGCCUGAGCUGCAGCUGCGGCAAGACCAAGUGUCCUUCAACUCCGCGCUUGGGGCGUGCGCGGCCGCGACGCAGUGGCAGCAGGUCCUGGCGAUUUUGGGGCUGAUGUCUCCCUCCUCCGUGACUCCAGACUUGAUCUCCGUCAAUGUCGCGAUGAACGCCUGUGGCAAGACUUCUUUGUGGACAUUGUCGCUGGAUCUUUUUGGCCAGCUCUGCGGUGCAGGCUUGGCACCGAACAAGAUCAGCUAUGGCACUGUCAUCUCUGCAUGCGAGAAGGGCAGCCAGUGGGAGUUGGCUCUGUCGCUUCUCAACGAGAUGCCACGCCAGAAGCUGACUGCAGAUGUGGUUGCCUUCAAUUCCGCCAUCAGUUGCUGUGAGAAGGCCUCGUCGUGGCAAAAAUCUCUGGCGAUGUUGGUGCAGAUGCCCGAGCAGCGGCUUUCGCCUUCCUGUGUCAGCUUCAGCGCAGUCGUCAGCGCAUGUGGCCGCGCAGCCUUAUGGGAGGCGGCCUGCCAUCUGCUGAGUUUGAUGCGCGACAUGUCGGAAGCUCCGAAUGUUGUAACCUACAAUGCUGCCAUCAGUGCCUGUGAACGAGCCCGUCGCUGGCAAACAGCGAUGAUUCUCUUGCAAGAAGCGUCAGAUGCUGCCGUGCCGCCGGACGUUGUGGGCUUCAGUGCUGCCAUCAGUGCUUGCGGUGUGUGCUCGGAGUGGCCAUGGGGCUUGGAGUUGCUGCAAAACAUGGGAGCGCGCGCGAUUCCCCCCGACAGGAUCGCCUUCGACUCUGCUAUCAGCGCUUGUGCUCUGGGUAUCCAAUGGGAGUCGGGCUUGGCACUACUGGCAUCAAUGGGAAGCCGUGAGAUCUGUCCGGACGAAGUGAGUUUCAAUGCCGCCAUGAGCUGCUGCGAACGCUCUGGCCGAUGGAUGGAGGCCCUUUCAUUGUUCGCUUUGAGCACAGAACUUCAGCCACGCCCGGACGCGGUGUCCGUGGGCCUUGUUUGCAGCGCUGUUGCCGCAGCUCCGUGGCGACUGGCUUCGGCACUCUUGGGUGACCUGCUCGAGAGAGAGGUUCUGCCCACUGGCAUCAUGCUAGGCUCGCUGCUGCAGCCGAUUCGUCAGUCUCUCGGUUCUGAAGAAGCUGUCAAGGUCUUGGCCGGUGUGCGCAGCCUCUGGCUUCAGAGCGAACAGCAGGUGCUUGAGGUCGAAAGCGGCCGCGACAAGGACUGGCUCGGCGCCUGGCCUGGUCUUUGUGUUGUCGCGAAGCCAGGAGGUGUGUCAACUGAAGACACCUUGGCAAGAUGGGCUUUACUGCUGGCGAUGCCGCUUGGAACGGUUUCCCGACUUGACCUGCCCACAUCGGGCGUUCUCCCCUUUGCGCUUGGUGGUGAUGAUUCGCCCGCAGCGCACUGGCUCCGUGCCCAAUUUUCUGCAAGGCUCGUGAAGAAGGAGUACUGGUGCCUCUGCAGUGGCAAGGCCAACGAGACCGGUGUCGUGACCAGCCCGCUUCGGGUGGUGCGCAGUGAGGGUUCCGUCUAUGCCGAGCCCUCUUCCCUGGGCCGUGCCGCCCGCACAGAGUAUCGAGUUCUGUCCUCCUUCCAAGCUGCAACGCUGUCUAGCGCCGCGGCGCCGUUCUCACUGCUGGAGGCUCGCCCGCUGACUGGCCGCACCCACCAGAUCCGCGUGCACAUGGCAAGCAUCGGGCUCCCCAUCCUCGGAGACGAGGCUUACGGACAGCCUGAACUGAACACCUUGUGCCCGCGGCUCUUCCUGCAUUGCCGGCGCCUGUGUCUCCUGGCGCUGGAUGGCCAGGAGCUGUCUUUGGAAGCCCCGCUGCCAGCAGACCUACGUGGUGUGCUGACGAGCUUGGAGACAGAGCUGCCCAUGGACAGUGAAAAAAUCGUAGUUUGGAUGGCUUUGCCGAGCCGCCUGCCCCGCAACACUUCUUCCGGUUUUCGCCAGUUGGCGAGGGCUUCCGCGCGCGCUGUCGGCAGUGUUGGCCUCAGACAGCAGGCAGAUGUCAAAGGCUGGAUCAGUGCGGCACCGGAACACUUGGAGAUGUUUUCAAAGUUCCCUUCGCUGAUCAACUGCGCCACUGUUGACUGGUACGAUCCGUGGCCCGAGGACGCUCUGGUUUCUGUCGCAGAGAGGUACUACCUCCAGGCUCCCAAAGAGCUAGAACUGGAUGCCAGCAUUGCCGCGUUGUCGAAGAUCUCUUGUGUUAUCCACGCCUCGGCGUCCGAGGCGGCCGAGAGGUUCUUCGAUGAACUCCGCCGGAAGACGUACAUGACGCCGACUUCGUACUUAGAGCUGAUCAAGCUGUUUACAGACUUGCUUGGAAUGAAGAAGGGCGAGCUCGACACGAAGCUGAAUCGCUAUCGAGUGGGCGCCCAGCGUCUGAAGGAGACGGAAACAGUGGUGGACAAGCUCAAGGUGGACCUCACGAAGAUGCAGCCAGUCAUCGAGCAGGGAAAGAAGGACCUCUGCCGCCUGUUCUCGUUGAUGCUGGAUGCCUUUGACGAAGUCUAA